GACCACCUGGCCGGUGUCCUAGCCUAUUUCCUGCAUGUAUAAAUCUUCAUAUAGCUACGAUCGAACGUUUACAGUGUAUCGCGACCGAUUAGGAGAACAUAUCUCCAGUGGUGUGCUCGUGUUUCGAGAUGCACCCGCGUGCAUUCUACGUGUUCAUACUUGUCAUCCUUGUGACCGAUGGCGCUAGUUGCGACGACAAUACGAAGUGGUACACAGGCCUACGUACCGUGCUUCAGAAUUGUCCAUUGGAAUCCUGGAACAAUUCAGGGCAAGAUGAGUUUUUAGAGAAGUUUCGAAAAUGCAUGCAGGAACAUGCACUGGCUGCUUUGGAUGCACUUCUAGUUGAUGAUAUUAUACCAGUUUUCGAGGGGCUGGAUUUAGUAAGGUUCCACGAGGACAAGAAUUUUACGGACAAUUAUAGAGAAAGUGAGAUAGGGGAUGAUACUAAUUGGACAGCCGUUAUCGUAAAGCGAUUGUUACGAGUUUUACGCACUCACGUGUUCAAAGUCGACGUGGAUUAUCUGACCAAUAAAAUUAUUUCUCUCCUUAAUAAUGAAGCAACUGAUGUAGAUAGCUACAAGUUCGAAGGCCGCAGGCGUCGCCACCGUCGUAAACAUAACCACAUGGUGCCGCUGAUGAUGAUGGGCUUCCUCCUGAUGGGUUCGAUCUUGAUACCCAUGGGUUUCCAGUUCCUCGCGGUUCUCGGUGGCAAGGCGUUGCUCUUGGCCAAAAUGGCCUUGAUAUUGUCUAGUAUCCAAGGCCUAAAAAAAAUAGCAACAAAUGGCGUUAAUUAUGGACUGUAUCACGCUCACCCUGUGGCAGAGGGUUGGCACGAUAGAAGCCAUAUAGAGUCUCCACAUUUAGACUUACCUUUUCCACCGCCGCUUCGUCCCUAA